AUGGCCAACAAUAUGCUAAUUUCAGAGGAGAAAUCACUCUCCAAGAGCAUCCAAGAAAUGUCCAUGAAUGGUGAUGUACCACCGCCACAAUAUGUAGUUGAAGGAACUAGCUUUGGAUCUAAAGACUCUUCCUCUACACUGAUUCAAAUACCAAUCAUUGAUCUAAUAAGUCUCCUCUCAUCAGAAGGUGAACUAGAGAAGCUAAGAUCUGCUCUAAGUUCAGCUGGAUGCUUCCAGGCAAUUGGUCAUGGAAUGUCACGUUCAUAUCUUGACAAAAUACGUGAAGUUGCAAAACAAUUUUUUGCACUUCCAGAAGAGGAAAAACAGAAAUAUGCCCGAGCUGUUAAUGAACCUGAAGGGUAUGGGAAUGACAGAAUAGUUUCAGAGAAGCAGGUCCUUGACUGGUCCUAUCGCCUAAGUCUUCGAGUUUUUCCAAGUGUAAAGCGAAGGCUUUCUCUUUGGCCCAAAAAUCCAAGUGAUUUUAGUGAGACACUAGAGGAGUUUUCUACAAAAGUUAAAUCAAUGAUGGAUUUUCUGUUGAGAAGCAUGGCAAGGUCACUGAAUUUGGAAGAGGGUAGCUUCUUGGACCAGUUUGGGAAACAACCAUUAAUGCUAGCAAGGUUCAACUUCUAUCCACGUUGUUCUAGACCUGAUUCGGUUCUUGGAGUCAAACCUCAUACAGAUAGAUCAGGAAUCACAGUUCUAUUGCAAGACACAGAAGUGGAAGGUCUUCAAAUUCUGAUAGAUGACAGAUGGGUCAAUGUCCCCACAAUACCUGAUGCUUUUGUCGUCAAUCUUGGCGAUCAAAUGCAGAUCAUGAGUAAUGGAAUAUUCAAGAGUCCAAUGCACAGGGUUGUGACAAACACAGAAAAGCUGAGGAUGUCUAUAGCUAUGUUUAAUGAGCCAGAUCCAGAGAACGAAAUUGGACCUGUGGAAGACCUAAUAGAUGAGACACGGCCAAGGUUUUACAGAAACAUUAAAAAUUAUGGUGAUAUCAACUACAGAUGCUAUCAAGAGGGAAAAAUAGCACUUGAGACAGUCAAAUUUGCAGAUAAAUUCUAAUCAGAAGUGAAACUAUUUCAUAUUUGAAU